AUGGCGACAUGGGUGCCAUUCAUAUCCGAAUGUCGGGUUGUCCAAAUGCAUCGAGCUACGAUUACACGACCUUUGCUAGUACAAAAAGCUUUCCUCCUAGGAGCUGCUUCGACUCUGGACUGGACGGCAGCUACCGUUGACCUAUCCAAGCUUUCGGACUUCUUCAAAGGGCCUGGAGUAUACGAAAUGACGGUCACCGUAAAGGAUACCGUAUCAGGAAGCGUUAGUUCUCGGAGCUGUUUCAUAACCCUCAUGGAUGUAACAACUACUACAAAAGAUAUCUCGACAAGCACAUCAAAGCUCGAUCUCCAGACAAGUACAUCAGAAUCCGACGUCCCGAGGACUUCGUUCUAUACUCACCCAAGCAGCACAAACGCCACCACCGGCGCACCCUCGCCCACAGAAGCUCCACAAAGCUCUCCUGCUUUGUCGUCUUCCACGAUCUCAACAACUACUACCAUGGAACCGCUGGUAUCCUCAAGCUCAUUUCCAUCCAUGUAA